ACCCAACAUCUUAGCAAGUUACCACACUUGUACUUGUAAACUCUCCUUUGUAAACAUCUUGUAAUCAAUACUAAGUUGUUUCUUUGUAUACACAACUUGCAACCAUCACUUGAAUCACUCAAAACACGACAUCGUUGGGGCACAUAGCUUAACUUAGAUCAAGUCUAAGUUGCUACACGUGAGUCAGAAGUUUACUCCGUGACAUAAUGCUUGCGCAUAGAACCAACAUGUCUUUGUCUAUGUCCAACGGGUUAUCCACAGCAAUUGUUCAACCCAUGGUUUAUAAUCAUUAUUAUUUUUGAAUGGCUAGAUCACCUGGUUAGGCCUUUGGCCUUUGAUCACCUAGGUCUCGAGUAGGAAUCCCGCGGUUUGCAUAUUAUUGCCAGUUUGAACCGGUGCCACAGUUCACCCCCCGUAAGAUUCGACCCUAAGACCUACCGGACAUAAACCAGUGGGUAAACCUUUCCACCUCCCAAUCCAAUUGUUUUAUGGAUUAUUGGCAUUAUUUUUGAAUUACUAAAAAUUUAGAUUUGUUAGGUUGACUAAUGACUAUAAUAAUUAUAUAUAGUGCUUCGUUUGUAUGCAUUGUUAAGUAAUCUCAAAAUCCCAAUUUCUGUCUUCCAACCGAUUCCGAUCGCCGUCUCGUCAAAUUUCCGAUCACCGUUCAUAUCUCCGGUCUCCGGUAACUCUACUUAACUCCGAGCAUCCGAUCACACACACAAUCCGGUUCAAUUCCGUACACUCGAUCGUUUACUUUUAAAUGCUUGUAGUUUUAAUUUCAGAUAGAAACGGAGAAUAACGAUUACCGAAACCCUAGCUCCGAGAAUUAGACAUCUGUGUCGUAUAUAGGCUUUUGUUGAUCACUUUUAUGCACGAUUAUAAGUUUAUAACUGUGUUAAUCUGUUAAAUCGUGUUAUUGUUGAUUGAAAAGUUGAGUUGAUUUUUAUGUUAAAUUGAUGCUGAUUUGAUUUUAGGUUACUAGUUAUGUAUGGAAUGUUUAUCUACAUUAGUUAUCAUGAAUAUCGAUUUCGAAGUUCAAAGUGUAGGAUUCGAGGAGCAACUUGAAUUGGAAGUGGAUGUGUUACCUGGCUUUUGUGUUUGAUAUAUUUGGAAAGUACUUAUUUGUGGCUUACACAGACAUAGAUCCAUGAUAUGUUUGAUCAUUUAUGUAGUAAAACUGUGGCAAAGCCUUACUUCUGUAAGGAUAGAGAGGCUGCUUUGAAGCAAUAAGAAAGUUAACAAGUACAAAAGUACGAUAACCACAGUUGUAAAAAAGUAUCGUUAAGAGUGUGACUUCCAGCCACUGGAUUGAUUUACGGGAUGAUAGUUGCUUCAGAGUUAAGAGGAGGAUGAAUGUGAUUGGAUGAAAGCAUUUGUUACAAUGAACCAUCUUAUAGUUGUAAUGGAAAACUACCUCUUAAUCAUAGCCCUUUAAGGUUAUGGUUAUUAAAAUCCAAAAUAAAAAUAUAGGAAGGAGAAUAUUCAUGAAACUCAUGAUAAAGAAGAUGAUAGUUAGAGAAGGUGGGACCAGUAUACAUGAAUUAGAUUGGUAGGAGAUGAGAGAAAAAAACCUCAUCGUAACCUUAAUUACUUCGAAAGCCUGAAUUAGAAUAUUGCAUUUUGUGUUGCUAUAUGGUUAAGAUGUCCAAGUAUUUGUGUUUCAUAUCUUUUUUCUGGUGUUGGAACUUGGAAGCAUUGGAAUACUUGAAACUUGAACUCAAGAUGAUAAAGAUUGCAAUCGAUCAUUGAAUAGAAGAUGGAUUCGAAUAAUUGGAGGCCUACUCAAGGUGCAAGUAGCGGUGUUGUUGACCCCUCCAUGGAAUCUGGUGAUUGGAGGGCUCAGCUGCAAGCAGAUUCACGACAAAGGAUCGUGAACAAGAUAAUGGAUACCUUGAAGAGGCAUCUUCCAUUCUCUGGGAAUGAGGGACUACAGGAACUUAAGAAAAUAGCUGUGAGGUUUGAAGAGAAGAUUUAUACCGCGGCCACAAGCCAGUCUGAUUAUCUGCGAAAGAUAUCUUUGAAGAUGUUGACCAUGGAAAAUAGAUCACAGAAUUCCAUGCCAGACGCCAUGCAGUCAAGCUCUGCCGCUAAUAGUGUAAACCCAUCAGAUCUAGGUUCUCAAGUGAUGCAGCAAGGACAGCAACUUCCUAUUUCCGCACCAUCUAAUAAUAUUCAAUCAGGACAACAAAUGAUGUCUCAGAGCAUGCAUAGUAAUAUUGUUUCAGCUGGAAUGCAAUCUGCAUUGCCACCUGGCAGCGGUUUACAGCAAUCCACCAUGGGAAACGUUGCUGGUCAGAAUUCGAACUUGCAGAACAUACAAAACAUGUCUGGUGUUCAACAAAAUGCUGUCGGGAAUACAAUGGGUCCCGGUAAUUUUGCAAAUCAACGGCAGCAGAUACAAGGACGACAACAACUUGCUCCCCAACAGCAACAGCAACAGCAACAGCAGCAGCAACAACAAACGCAAAAUUAUCUUUAUCAGCAGAAGUUGCAUCAAAUGGCAAAGCAGACACUCCAGCAGCCUUUGCAAUCACAAAUGCAAUCGCACAUUCCGCAACAGAAUCUGUUACAGCCAGGUCAUCAACAAUCUGUUAUGCAACCGGCAAUGGUGCCGACAUCUUCUCUCUCUUCAGUUGUACAAAAUCAACAGCCUGGUGUACCACAGUCGUCACAACCUUUAAUGAAUCAUCAGCAAUCGGUUUUAAGACAACGGCAGCAACAAGUACAACCAACACAGCAGAAUCCAAUGGGGCAACAGGCAAAUGCUACAAACUUGCAACAAAACCAGCUCAUAGGGCAACAGAAUAACUACUCUGACAUGCAGCAACAGCAGAGGUUGAUGGGUCAGCAAAAUAAGCUUUCGAGUGUACAGCAGCCACAACAGUUAAUUGGUCAACAUAACAAUCUUUCUAGCAUGCAACAACAACAAUCUGGUAACUCCAACAUGCAGACCAAUCAACAUUCAGUGCAACAAAUGCUACAAUCUAGUAUGCCAAUGCAGCAACAGAAUCAUCAGAAUUCAGCAACUUUGUUGCCGACACAAGUUCAACAACCACUAACACAGUUACAGCAGCCGGUGAUGCCACAUAUGCAGUCUCAGCAGCAGCAGGUGGGUAUGCAACAACAGCCGAAUCUGCUGCAACGCGAUAUGCAACAAAGGCUUCCAACUUCAGGUGUUUUUCAGCAGCAAAAUGUGAUUGAUCAGCAGAAACAGCUAUUUCAGCAACAGAGAGCUAUGCCAGAGGCAUCAUCAACAUCACUAGAUUCGACAGCUCAGACAGGCAAUUCAAAUGGUGGAGAUUGGCAAGAGGAAGUGUAUCAAAAGAUUAAAGCUAUGAAGGACCUGUAUCUAUUAGAUUUGAAUGACAUGCACCAGAAAAUUAUUGGCAAAUUGCAGCAGUACGAUUCUCUUCCUCAGCAACCAAAAAAUGAGCAACUUGAGAAGCUGAAAGUGUUUAAAAAUAUGUUGGAGCGUUACAUGCAAUUCUUACAAAUCCCUAAGAAUAGCAUAUUGCCUAAUUAUAAAGACAAGCUGGGUACUUAUGAGAAGCAGAUUAUUCAGGUCAUCAACUCAAAUAGGCGGAAACCUGUGGGCCCACAGCAGCAAGCACAAGCACUUCCGCCAGCACACAUGCAAUCUAUGCAGCAAUCACAACAAACACAUUCUCAAUUGACACAAGUGCAAUCACAAGAAACUCAGAUGAAUCUACAGGGUGGUUCUAUGGCAGCAAUGCAACCAAAUAAUAUGGGAAAUCUGCAGCAAAGUAAUGUGCCUUCUCUGUCAGGCGGUUCGAAUGUUCAACAGAACAUGAUGAACCCCAUACAGCCCGGUUCAAAUCUUGACCCGGGUCAAAAUAGCAGUAUGAACUCUUUACAGCCGAUCUCUAGUGGGCCCCAACAAGUAAACAUAAACCCAAUGUCACUACAGGCUAACACAAAUAUGCUUCAGCAUCAGCAUAUUAAACAAGAACAACUGCUUCAAAGCCAGCAACUGAAACAGUUUCAACAGCGCCAAAUGCAGCAACAGUUUCUGCAGAAACAGCAAUUCAUGCAACAGCAGCAACAACAGCAGUUUCACCAACAAGCAAAGCAGCAGCAACCAAACGGACAGAUGCAAGGAAACCAGUUAUCUCAGCUUCAUCAGAUGAACGAUGGCAGUGACGUAAAACUUAGACAGCAGAUAAACGUGAAAGCAGGUGCAUUUCAGCAGCAUCAUGCCCAACGUUCUGCUUAUCACCAACAGUUGAAACCAGGUGCUCCGUUUUCUCCUCAACUCCUCUCGUCUGCUUCUCCACAGAUGUCACAGCAUGCAUCUCCUCAGAUUGACCAGUCAAACAUGCUCAAAUCUGCCAGCUCACCAUUUACUGUACCUUCUCCUUCAACCUCCUCUGCAUCUCCUAUCCCAGGGGAGUUAAUAAAUGGUGUUCCGUCAUUAUCCAACGUCGGAAAUAUUGGACAUCAACAACCGUCUUCAGCAGUCUUACCUACUCAAUCUCUUGCUAUUGGUACACCUGGAAUAUCUGCAUCCCCUUUACUUGCAGAGUUCACCAGUCCAGAUGGAAACCAUGGUGCCGUUGCAUCAAUUGGAUCUGGAAAACCUGUUGCAGAACAGCCUCUAGAGCGCCUACUCAAAGUGGUAAAAUCAAUGUCACCAAAAGCAUUGAGUGCUUCAGUUGGAGACAUUGGCUCCGUUGUGAGUAUGAUUGAUAGGAUUGCGGGGUCCGCACCUGGUAACGGGUCGAGAGCUGCAGUUGGUGAGGAUUUGGUUGCCAUGACAAAAUGUCGUCUUCAGGCAAGAAAUUUUGUCACUCAAGAUGGAGCAAAUGGCACGCGGAAAAUGAAACGGUUUACAAGUGCAAUGCCGUUAAAUGUCGCAUCAUCUGCUGGCAGUGUGAAUGAUAGUUUUAAGCAUUCUGAGACUUCUGAACUGGAUUCAACUGCAUCUUCUUCCAACAAAAGGCCCCGGAUCGAGUCUAAUCAUGCCCUGUUGGAAGAAAUAAAGGAGAUAAACCGGGGGCUCAUUGAUACUGUGGUAUCUAUUAGUGAGGAGGAUGUUGAUCCGGCUGCAGCCUCUUCAGUUUCAGACGGUGGAGAUGGAACCGUGAUUACAUGCUCCUUCAGUGCUGUAGCUCUUGGUCCAAACUUGAAGUCACAGUAUGCUUCUGCCCAAAUGUCGCCUAUACAACCAUUAAGAUUGCUUGUUCCUGCAAAUUACCCAAGUUGUUCCCCAAUACUCUUGGACAAGUUUCCGGCCGAAGUCAGCAAGGAGUUUGAGGAUAUAUCAACGAAAACCAAAUCAAGAUUUAGUAUUUCUCUGAGAAGUCUUUCACAACCUAUGUCACUUAAAGACAUUGCAAGGACUUGGGAUGCUUGUGCUGCGGCUGUUAUGUCGGAUUACGCUCAGCAAAGAGGUGGUGGUACCUUCAGCUCCAAAUAUGGUACCUGGGAGAACUGCUUAAGUGCUGCUUAAUGUUGUCAUCUUACAUAUGUUGUUAUAAUUCUUGUAUACCCUUGCAACAAGUAUAGUUGUUAUUUGAACAAUAACUUAUAUAAACUUUUACAUCCAAAUGUCAAGUAGAAGCUUGAUUUGUGGAGGCA